AUGUUAACCUCAUCCUCUCCUGUAGGUCCUGGCCUGGCCAUCAGAGUGAUCUGUGCAGACGAGCCCUACAUCUGUAAGGACUUUGCUGAGACCAACAACAUCCUCAAGAUCAUCACAGACUUCUCCGCCAUGGUCAAAAAGCCCCACACGUUGUUGCAGAGAGUGAAGUCGUGUAUAUCAGACGAGGAGGAGGAGAAACUCCUGCAGAUCACCAGUCUUCAUUCACUCAAUGCCUUCCUGCUGCCAAUCAAGACCGUGGGAGUCCAGGGUGACUGUCGGUCCUAUAGCUAUGUGUGUGGGGUCACCAGUAAAGAGGCUCCACACUGGGAAUCCCUCAUGUUCCUGGCCAGACUCAUCCCUCGCAUGUGCCACACCAUCAACAGAGUUGUGUAUGUAUUUGGGUCCCACGUGAAGGAGCCCCCUACAGACGUCACCCCCACCUUCCUGACCACGGGCGUUCUCAGCACACUCAGACAGGCGGACUUCGUGGCCCACUCCAUCCUCAGAGAGUCUGGUUACUCUGGGAAGAUCAGUCAGAUGCCGGUCAUCCUGACACCGCUGCACUUCGAUCGUGAUUCCUCACAGAGGCAGCCGUCCUGUCGGCGCUCUGUGGUCGUCAGAACUUUCAUCACCAGCGACUUCAUGACCGGGAUACCAGCCACGCCAGGAAAACACAUCCCUGAGGAGGUGGUGCUGAAGAUGGUGAAUGAGAUCAAGAAGAUCCCUGGCAUCUCCCGGGUGAUGUUCGACCUGACCUCCAAACCUCCCGGUACCACAGAGUGGGAGUAGAGCUCACAGAGAGGGAGAAGGGAGGUGUGGUGAGCCCCUCCUCCUCCUUUCUUUCCCUCUCCUAACACCCCCUCCCAAUCUCACCCCUCCUCGCCUUUCUUCCCCUCUCCUAACACCUCCACACUCCCCUGGCCCGCCCCCCCCCCAAUCUCACCCCUCCUCUCCUUUCUUCCCCUCUCCUAACACCUCCACACUCCCCUGGCCUGCCCCCCCAACCUCACCCUCCUUUCCGAUCACCCCCCCCCCCCCGUAGAACAUUCCCGUGGAAAGCAGGCAGUGCUGUGAUCACACUUGAAGCUGCCACUCUGCCCCCCCUCCCCUCCCCCUUCAUUUUUUGGGGGAGGGGUGUUUGAAUAGAUAUGUUGACUAUUCACCCUUUUUGGAUCCGUUUCUUCGUGCGUGACGAUACAUUUUUCCUUUUUUUGGUGCAAGUGCCGCUUCCUGUUUGGAAACCGCCAGUUGAGGUCAAGAGUUAAGGAGUUCAGGAAGUGGAUUGUGUACACGGUAUGCCUCAGAUUACAGCGUGAGACCAACAACUGAAGAAAGCAAAAACGACAUACUUGUAUGACAUAACGGAGAAGGAAGAGCAGCAACUAGCCAGUGGUUUUAAAAAGUCAUCCAUCGUUUUUUUAAAUUAUUUUUUUGCUUUUUUUUGUUACACAUCUGACGGGGGUUUUUUUUCUCCCAAAAUGAUUUUUACUCAUCCGUUUACCUUUCAACUGUAUACUGUACAAAGAGACAGGGGUUGCCUGCCCAAAGUCAUUCAGCAGAGAAACUGUGACCAAUUAGUAUUUUCUUUAUUUUAUUUUUUUUACUUUUCAUUUUGCCAAAUGUAGACGAGCCGUGGUGAAAUUAGAUCUGGGUUAUUAUCUCUUGUUAACAAUCCACUUAAAUCAAAAUGGUGAUGGUUAAGCUACCCGACCGCGGUCAACAGAAAAUAUUAGUUUAUUAUCACAGAUGUGUGACACUGUGUGGGAAAUGCCCAAAAUGACGAGUUGUCCUUUCUUUGUGUGCCUGUUUCUUUGUGUGCCUGUUUCUUUGGGUGCCUGUUUCUUUGGGUGCCUGUUUCUUUGGGUGCCUGUUUCUUUGGGUGCCUGUUUCUUUGGGUGCCUGUUUCUUUGGGUGCCUGUUUCUUUGGGUGCCUGUUUCUUUGGGUGCCUGUUUCUUUGGGUGCCUGUUUCUUUGGGUGCCUGUUUCUUUGGGUGCCUGUUUCUUUGGGUGCCUGUUUCUUUGGGUGCCUGUUCCUUUGUGUGCCUGUUUCUUGGUGUGCCUGUAAGCCUGUUGGGUGCCUGUUUCUUUGGGUGCCUGUUUCUUUGGGUGCCUGUUUCUUUGGGUGCCUGUUUCUUUGGGUGCCUGUUUCUUUGGGUGCCUGUUUCUUUGGGUGCCUGUUUCUUUGGGUGCCUGUUUCUUUGGGUGCCUGUUUCUUUGGGUGCCUGUUUCUUUGGGUGCCUGUUUCUUGGUGUGCCUGUAAGCCUGUUGGGUGCCUGUUUCUUUGGGUGCCUGUUUCUUUGGGUGCCUGUUUCUUUGGGUGCCUGUUUCUUUGCUCCUCCUGUGUUUUUGUUUCAUUUUUCUUCAUGUUUUUCAGAGAAACAAGAGGACUGACAAUGAAUUCAGAUGUUAGUAUUGUCUAAUUGAUGUGUGAAUGUCAUCUUUGAUGUUUUCACCUCCUACAGGUGUGUAGGAGCAACGUUUGCACAUUUCUCUUUUUACCCAUAAAGCCAUGGUGCUUUCCUGACGCGAAGGGAAUGUACUUCCAGUUGACGGAUUUUAAAACCCCAAUCACGGAGCACCCCCCCCCCUUUUUUUUAUAUUGUCAAAGGUCAAAUUGAAGACCGGCAGUGGCCGUCUUGAACGUUUCAACUACCAGAGGAGUCCCCAAAUAGGCAUUCCCAGUAACCUGGUUCUGCGAAUGCUUUCAACAUUCAUUUAAUGAGAUAGUCCUCAGCUAGUCCAGGACUCAGCGUUUUACUGGGCCUGAAACGAGUCGUCUUAAGGACCCCUGUCUGCCCCAUGUCCAGCCUGUAGGUCAUGUUUUACUGUGCGAUAAUACUGAUUUUACAUGCCUCUGUGUUUGACUUUGUACCCCUCACCUUAGAUAUUAUUUCGUUAUAACAGCAAAAUACACAAUGCAAAAUGAAUCUGUUCCUGAAACUUAACUUAACUCUUAUUUGCAACUUGUUCUUAAUGUCUCUCCUUCUGUGUUGUACUUUACUUGUGUAUUUUAUGAUGCACAUGUUUACUUGGAAAACAAACAAAAAAUGGCUUUAAAAUUUAUGGGUUUAAUUUUAUAGUUGGAUUUUACUGCAAUAUUGAAAUGAUUAAGUUAUGCAAAUCUGUCAGAUAAUUUUUUUUUUUUUAAUGAUCGAUGCUCAUUUUUCCUCAGUAACGUGCCUCACAACAAGCCGCUGCAUGCAGAUUCACGAUGACAUUUGUAUAAUGAAAAACCAAGCUUUAAUAAAUAAGUCCAUGUUGAAUCUGUAUUCUCACA